AUGGUGGCCAAUCUACUUUCCAAUGGGCUGCUGCUGGUGCAGCUCUUUGCUGCCCUGGCUCUGGGAAAGCCGAGCCCUAUUCCCCUCUACAAGGAUGCUCAUGCCCCCGUGGACAAGCGAGUGAAGGACUUGCUGAAACGGAUGACUAUUGAGGAUAAGAUGUCUCAAUUGAUCCAAGGUGAUGUUACCAAUUGGAUGAAUCAGACCUCGGGCGAGUUCAACUACACUGGCCUGGUGACCAACAUGGAGCUGAAGGCAGGCAUGUUCUAUGUUGGAUAUCCUGUUGCUUGGGACUGGAUCUCGGACAACAUCAAGAGGGCCCAGGACUACCUCGUUCACAACACUACUCUGGGAAUUCCAGCAAUUGUUCAGACUGAGGGUAUCCACGGAUUCUUGAUUGGCAAUGCUACAAUUUUCAACUCGCCCAUUGCGUAUGGAUGCUCCUGGAAUAUGGAUCUCAUCGAAAAGAUGGCAGAAAUCAUCGGACAAGAGGCCAAAACUUUGGGUGUCAACCAGCUCUUCGCGCCUGUUGUUGAUCUUGCCCGCGAGCUUCGAUUUGGUCGGGUCGAGGAAAGCUUCUCCGAAGACCCCUACCUCACUGGCGAGAUUGGUUACCGCUACGUCAAGGGAGUCCAGAGCAAGAAAGUCUCGUCCAUGGUCAAGCACUUUACAGGCUUCAGCGCUCCCGAGCAGGGACUCAACACUGGCCCGGUUCACGGUGGCGAGCGAGAGCUACGCACAACGUGGCUGCCCCCCUUCCACCGCGCUAUCAUCGAUGGCGGUGCCUGGUCCAUUAUGGCUGCGUACAACUCCUACGACGGCAUUCCCGCAGUCUCCGAUUACCACACUCUCACUGAGAUCCUAAGGGAAGAGUGGGGAUAUGACUACUUUGUCAUGACAGAUGCAGGUGGUAGUGACCGAAUCUGCGCCUACUUCAAGCUGUGCGAGAGCGACCCUAUCGACAAGGAAGCAGUUACCACGCAGCUGCUGAAUGCCGGAACCGAUGUUGAGAUGGGUGGCGGUUCAUUCAACUUCGAGAAGAUUCCCGAGCUUGUCAAGGCUGGCAAGCUUGAUAUCUCGGUCGUGGACACUGCUGUCUCCAGACUCCUCCGUGCUAAGUUUGAGAUGGGUCUCUUCGAGAACCCGUACCCUGCUGCACCUGAGGACCAAUGGCACAAGCUCAUCAACAGCCCCGAGGCUGUGAAGAUUGCACGCGAUCUGGAUAAGGAGUCCAUCGUUCUGCUGGAGAACCACGAUGAUGUUCUGCCUCUGAAGAAGUCCGGUGAUAUUGCUGUCAUCGGACCUAUGGCUGGGGGCCUCAUGAACUACGGUGAUUAUGUUGUCUACAGGAGUCAAUACCGUGGUGUCACUCCCCUCGAGGGAAUCAAGGCUGCAGUCGGCGACAAGGCUCAGGUCCACUAUGCCCAAGGAUGUGAGCGCUGGAGCACUGAUCAGUCAGGUUUUGAUGAGGCAAUUGAGGCUGCAAAGAAGUCCGACGUCGCUGUCGUUGUUGUUGGAACCUGGUCGCGUGAUCAGGGCGAGCUCUGGACCGGACUGAACGCAACAACCGGCGAGCACGUUGAUGUUGACGAUCUGUCUCUUGUCGGUGCCCAAGGACCUCUGAUCAAGGCUAUUGCCGACACUGGAGUGCCAACAAUUGUCGUCCUGUCCAGCGGCAAGCCCGUUACCGACACUUGGAUCUCCAACUCGACCGCCGCUCUCGUUCAGCAGUUCUACCCCUCCGAGCAAGGUGGUAACGCCCUUGCUGACGUUCUGUUUGGUGACUACAACCCCUCCGGCAAGCUGUCCGUCAGCUUCCCUCGCUACGUGGGCGAUCUCCCCAUCUUCUACGAUUAUCUCAACUCCGGACGCUCCAUCGGCGACAGUGGCAAGAAGUACGACAAUGGUACUCUUGUCUACGGUCACCAGUACGUUCUCGGUGAUCCCAGCCCGUGGUAUCCCUUCGGUUACGGCAAGAGUUACUCGAACUUCAAGUAUGGAGCUGUCAAGGUCGACAAGAGCACUAUCUCUGCAUCUGAGCAGACUGUUACUGUGAGCGUCGAUGUGACCAACACUCAUGCUACCCGUGAGGGUACCGAGGUUGUGCAGGUCUACAUCCAGGAUGACAUUGCUUCCGUGGUUGUUCCCAAUCGUCAGCUCAAGGGCUUCAACAAGGUUGUUAUUCCUGCUGGAAAAACCAAGACUGUCCAGAUUCCUAUCAAGGUCAAGGAGAUUGGCGUUUGGAACACCCGCAUGAAGUAUGUUGUUGAGCCUGGUCAGUUCACUGUUCUGGUGGGUAGCAGCUCUGAAGAUAUUCGGGGUAAUACUACUUUCACUGUUCGGUGA